AUGAGGAGACCUUCUUCAAGAGGAGAUUUUUCGAGAAGUUCAAUUUCUGCCUUUUAUUGGCCACCAGAAAGCAAAGAUACUAUAGAUGUAACACAACACAUCACUGGCUGUGAAAAUGAAUGUAGUUUAAAAACAUUUACAAAUCGUUCAGAAAUAUAUAAAGCAAAACCUUCACUUGAAGAAUAUUGCCAAAAUACUAAUUUUAACAAUAAUUAUUCUUCUUCUUCAAAGGCAAUUAAGCCUUUAAUGUUAAUUAGCUAUUGCUCUUUUUUGGUGUUAAUUAUAUUUAUGUUAUGGCAAUAA